AUGAUGCAGGCACCGGUGACCGUGCUGCAGACCAACACACGGCGCGACACCGGCAAGAAGGCGCAGUAUGGCAACAUCUUGGCCGCCAAGGCCGUGGCCGACAUCGUGCGCACGACGCUUGGCCCACGUGCGAUGCUGAAGAUGCUGCUGGAUGCCAACGGCGGCAUCGUGCUGACCAACGACGGCAACGCCAUCCUGCGCGAGAUUGACGUGUCCCACCCCGCGGCCAAGUCCAUCAUCGAGCUCAGCCGGACGCAGGACGAGGCGGUGGGCGAUGGCACCACCUCCGUCAUCAUCCUGGCGGGGGAGAUGCUGGCCGCCGCGGAGCCCUUCCUGGAGCGCAACCUGCACCCCACCGUGAUCAUCCGCGCCUACAUGCGCGCGCUGGAGGACGCGCUGCGCCUCGUAGAUGCCGCGGCCUUCCCCAUCGACGUCCAGGACCGGGACCAGAUGCUGAAGAUUGUCAACUCCUGCAUCGGCACCAAAUUCACACAGCGCCUGGGCAAUCUGGUGGCGGACCUGGCGCUGGAUGCCGUGCAGCUGGUCAAGGUGGACGUGCCCGGCGGCACGCCCGAGAUCGACCUGAAGAAGUGGGCCAAGGUUGAGAAGAUCCCCGGCGCUUCCCUGGAGGACUCGCGCGUUCUGCGUGGCGUCAUGUUCGAGAAGGACGUGGUGGUGCCCGGGCGCAUGCGCCGCAAGAUCGCCAACCCCCGCAUCCUCCUCCUCGAUUGCCCGCUGGAGUACAAGAAGGGCGAGAACCAGACCAACGUGGAGCUGGCCAAGGAGGAAGACUGGGCCGCCCUACUCAAGCUGGAGGAGGACUGGGUGGCGCGCACGUGCGCGCAGAUCGCGGCGCUGAAGCCCGACCUGGUCAUCACGGAGAAGGGGCUGUCAGACCUGGCGGCGCACUACCUGACCAAGGCCGGCAUCUCCGCCAUCCGCCGCCUGCGCAAGACGGACAACAACCGCAUCGCGCGAGCGGCGGGGGCCACCAUCGUGUCUCGCCCCGACGAGGCCACCGAGCGCGACAUCGGCACGGGGGCCGGCCUGUUCGAGGUCCGCAAGAUCGGCGACGAGUUCUGGACAUUCAUUGUCGACUGCGAGGACCCCAAGGCCUGCUCCAUCGUCCUACGCGGCGCCUCCAAGGACGUGCUGAACGAGGUGGAGCGGAAUCUGCACGACGCCAUGGGCGUCGCCAGGAACGUGGUGCUGGAUCCGCGGCUCGUCCCCGGCGGCGGCGCGGUGGAGAUGGCGGUGAGCCACGGCCUGGCGGAGCUGUCCACUGCCGGCGGCGUGCUGGGAAAUGAGCAGGCGGCCUACCGCGCGGUGGGCGCGGCGCUGGAGGUCAUCCCCCGGACCCUGGCCUCCAACUGCGGGGCCAACGUCAUCCGCACCAUCAGCAAGCUGCGCGCCGCCCACGCCGAGAAGAGCAGCAGCUUCGGCAUUAAUGGAAACACCGGCAAGGUGGAGGACAUGCGGGAGCUGGGUGUCUGGGAGCCGUACGAGGUCAAGGCCCAGACGCUGAAGACGGCAGUGGAGGCGGCCACCCUCCUCCUGCGCAUCGACGACAUCGUGAGCGGGCUGAAGAAGCGCGGCGGUGGCGGUGGAAAGGGCGGCGGCGUGCCCCAGGUGGACAGCGGCGAGAACGUGGACUCCGAGCACAUGCUCCAGGAGUGA